GAGUUUUAUUGGUGUAAAUAAGACGUGUUCUUUUUCUUUUUAUUUCUGCUUUUUUUUUUUAUACAUUAAACAUGGAUUCUGACGAUGAUCUUGAUUGCCCUCUCUGCAUGGAGGAAUUUGAUAUUGCUGAUCGCAACUUUAAGCCUUGUCCUUGUGGUUAUCAAAUUUGUAGAUUCUGCUGGCACCAUAUCAAGGAAAAUUUAAAUGGGAGAUGUCCUGCUUGCCGUCGAGAAUAUUCAGAAGAAAUGGUUGAAUUUCAACCCGUGAGCGCAGACGAAUUACAGCGUAUUCGAAAAGAAAAGCGUGAAAAAGAAAGACAGCAAAAAGACAUGGAAUCAGCCAACCGGCGACAUCUGUCUAGUAUGCGUGUAGUUCAAAAGAAUCUAGUUUACAUUAUUGGUUUACAUCCUCGUCUAGCUACGGAAGAAGUGGUUCGUUCGCAUGACUUCUUUGGUCAGUUUGGCAAGAUCUCUAAGGUAGUCAUUAAUAAGCGGCCUUCUCUUCCUGCUUCUCAAAUGACUUCUCAACCAAGUGCUGCUGUCUAUGUGACUUAUUUUAGAAAAGACGAUGCUGCUAAAGCUAUUGCAGCUGUAGAUGGUAGUGUGAUUGCUGAUCGAGUUGUUAGAGCUUCGUAUGGUACCACAAAGUAUUGUACUUAUUAUUUGCGCAACAUGACAUGUCCAAAUCCAAAUUGUCUUUAUUUGCAUGAACAAGGCGAAGAUAUUGACACUAUCUCAAAGGAAGAAUUGGCUACAGGCAAACACCAUAUGCGUGAUAUGCUGUCUGUAGAUGAAGAAGAAAAAAAUCGCAAUGAAGCAUCGCCACAACGUCCUGCACUACCACUACCACCACCACCACCACCAGCUCUUUCUAAUGAUGAUUUCCCUGCUGUUUCUUCUUCCAAGAAACUGACGGACGAUUCAGCUUUACCUGCUUCUGCUUCAUGGGCUAAAGUAGGCAAUGCAACUAGUUCACCUUCUACACCCAUCAUGUCAGUCUCAGAUGCAUUUGGUCCUAGUCUAUCUGAUGCUGCGGCUGCUUCACAACAAAAGACACAAUUUCCUCCUAUGCCAAAACGUAAAAGUGAAAAGAAGAAACGGAAAGAACAACAACAACAGCAGCAGCAGCAGCAGCAACAACAACAGCAACAACAACAACAGCAACAACAGCAGCAACAGGUGCAACAACAACAAAACACUCUAUCUGAAUCCUCUACUGCGUCCUCUCCUGUUUCUUCAUUCGAACAAGGUUUAACAGGAUUUGUAUUAGGACAAGCAUACAGAGAUGUAUGCCCACUUCCUUCAGAAACAGAGUUCGAUAAACAACAAGACACAGACGAAUUAACAUUAGGCGUCUCUGUUUUACUUUUGAAUGACGAGAAAUCUCUAGAAGCAAAUUCAGAACCUGUUCAGUCUACUCCCGUGCCUUCAGUAAUUGAUUUCUUGACUUAUUCUACACCUACACCCAAAUACACUGGUUUGUUUAAUCCCUUUUCUCAUAUGGCUAUUUUGGUAGGCCAGUCUGGAAACAAGGCUGCUUUAAAUGCUUUAUUGAACAGUAGUUCUGGUCUAGACUCUCCUGUUCGUAGACAUUCGAGAUUUGGAUUUGCACAAGCAUGACAAUAAUAAUAAUAAAAAUAAAAAUAAUAAAAAGAAUUUACAAUGUAAAUGGUUC